AUGAAUACAGAUACAUUGUAGUUUUAUUAGUAUGGUAUCCCAUAUCCGCCGAAAUGUUCAGAUAUGGAGUAAUUGGGCAUGAAUAAACAAGGUUAGCAACAAUGAGAUAAGACUUUAUCUUACUAUAAAAUAUAUUAAUGCAGCACGCCUCUAAAUUGAUGCUUACUUUCAUAAAAAAUAAUCAAAAUGUAAUAAGAAGAAAAGUAUUGUGAAGUGAACAGAAAAAGAAGUUAACACAUUGCAAGCGGCACUUAAAAUCCACCUAAGAAUACCGAAAGGAGGUCAAAAUGUGCAAAGGUAGCCCUUUCUGUCAUGGAGUAGAAAAAUAGCAGUGACUACUGAAAAAUCAGUCAUUACUCGCACAAAACGUAUUAAUUAUUACUUCAAUCUUGAAUCGUUAAUUUUCUUAAAUCUCGGUACUUUUUCUAAAGUUUGAUUUUCUUAAAGUAUUUGUGUUUUUUACUAUAUCGUUUUACACUUAAAUUUUAAUUGAAACGAAUGACAGCACAAUUUCCAGCUUAAUAGUAUCGCUGUAUAGAAGAUGUCUAGGAAAACACAUCUUUAUAUCAUUGAGGAGAGAUCUUUUUCCACUUUUUUUCUUUUCUGUAAGGUAUCGUCUAUCAUAAACAUUUAGUUACUAUAAGAUAUACUUUUGAAAACAUGCUUAAUUAGUUUCAGGAAAAUGAAUAUUUGUAUAGAUGGAGAGUCUGGUAUUAUAUCUACAACAGGAAUUGAUCGGGAACAGAUUCCUGAUACAGGAUAUAUUUCAUUCUUUGUUAUUGCAAAAGACAAAGGAACACCUGCUUUAAUGAACCAAACAUUCGUGAAAAUUAACGUUGAAGAUAUAAAUGAUAAUCGUCCAAUAUUACUAGAAACAGAAUUCAAAUUUACAGUCCUUGAAGACACACCAUUAGAAUAUCUCACACAUAUCUACAAAGUGCAGGCGACAGACUUAGACAAGAGCAACCAGAAUAAAAAUGUACAUUAUCGACUACAAGAUGAUGCAAAUGAGGUUGUUGGCUUAGACAACACAACUGGUGUUCUGAGCAUGCUAAAGCUGCCUCAUAUCGACCAACAAUGUACAAAUCAGACUUUCAGUUUUAAUGUUAUAGCUGAAAAUGUCGUGCCGUACAUUCCAAAUGCCAGGCAUCCAUAUAUGACGAUAACAAUACAUAUAGAGGACAUCAACAAUCAAAGACCCAUAUUUGAGUUAUACAAUAAAAGGCACAUUAUAUUCAAUUCAAAUAGAUGGAUUCCAGUUAUUAAACGGCACUCUUUGCACGAUUAUGACUGCAACCGUAAAUACAACAGCAUCACGUUUCAUUUAACAGACGGCAGCGACCGUCGGCUUCAAAUCAACCCGUCGAAUGGGGACGUGAAAUAUAAGGAAAACUCAACUGACCCUUAUCGUUACCCAGAAUGUUCCAGAUCUAUCAGUGUUGAGAUGUAUGCUACAGACGGGUGGUUCCAAACAGUUCAAAACACAACUCUAUUGCCAGCUGAGACCUUUUAUGACCCAAUUCCAGUCAAAAAUUAUUAUACAAUCAUGGUAAAAGAAAAUUCUACCUAUAACACAAGUUAUGUGAUUGGCUUCUUAGACUGUUCAGACAUUUCCUUAAAAAUCUCUGUAAAUGAUUCACGUUUCAAUAUAGAUCAGACCGGUAAAAAUGGAACAAUAGGUGUUACAAAAGCUUUGGAUUACGAGACGGAACAAGAGAUUUUGGUAAUAGUGUCGGCAUAUAAUAUAGAGAAGCCUUCUGCAAGUUCCAGUUCUUUAGUAAGGGUUAUUAUUGAAGACCAGAAUGAUGUAAGCCCAGUUUUUACAAACAAAACAUAUACAUAUAGUUUACGGGAAAAUGAAUUGCCUGGUAGCCGUUUUGGUUAUGUAUCGGCAUUUGAUAAAGACACAAACAGUAUACUUACUUUCGGUUGUACGAAUGACGCACAAGAUUACUUUAAAAUAAACAAUGAGGGUGUUCUUACACUUGCAAAGUCACUUGAUCUGGACGGAAACAAUUUGACUAAUCCAAUUAGUGCUACAAUAUUUGUAAACGACACCAUACAUGUUUCAUACGCAGACGUUAUCAUCAAAAUUGAAAAAGUCAAUGAGUUCUCACCUCAAUUUGAACACGUGAAUUAUAACUUCAGUGUUCUCGAGAAUAAAAAUGCAGUAUGGAACAUAACGGCACAUGACCAAGACGUUGGUGAAGACGGACAUAUUGCAAAGUAUUCCUUGCUUGUACCAGAUAAUUGGAUUUGGACCAAGAAUGUGUCUGUAACAAAUGAAGGAAAGGUUCACGUUGGAGGAAUAGACAGAGAUAUUAUGGGUAAAAACAAUAAGUUAAUGUUUGCUAUUGAGGCUACUGACAAUGGACACCCAAGUCGGUCGGGAAUUGCAUACAUUACACUUAUUGUUAAUGGUACAAACGACAAUAAACCGGAAUUUCCUGACAAUGAAAAGAAUGUAUCUGUCAUCUUGAAAGAAAAUCUACAAUUAUACCCGUCAAUCUAUCAGUCGAAGGUAAGGAAUGAAUGUAAUAUUAUUUAUAAAUAUAUAACUCGUGUUUAGUUGUUUACCUUUG